AUGUUCACCAGACUCCCCGUAGUGGCCCGGUCGGUCAGAGGGUAUGCCACCCAACCCACAGGCUCGGACUUCUUGUCCAGCUUGAUGAAAAGAAUCGACAACCUCAACGUCGAAAUCAAGAAAAAGAAGGACGCUGCACCAACACCAUCUCUGGAACCUUUAAAAAAGACCCAUCACAAGGCAAAGGUGCACAAGGCUCAACCAGCUUCUCCAGCCCCUGGCAAAUCUUCGGCUUCUAAGACUAACCGCACGCAGAUCGCCUCAAUGGACCAUCCUAUGAAGAGCAACAGAUUCGACUUCAGAAACACCGAAAAGAGCGGAAACACCGAAAGGACAGAUGCAAGUGGAACUGGAAAUAGAAACAACUUCAAGAACAGAAAGCUGUCUGGAUUCAUUGACGCCCGCCCAAGAUCCAACGAUUCCAAGCCUGCGAGACAGAACAGAAGAAACGCUGCAACCGGAAGCGCAAAGCAGACGAAAUCCGCAGAGGACACCGCAGAGACCCCUGCUCCUCAAAAGCAACGUAGAGACGGCCCUGGAUUUAAGGCUAAAGCCAGCGGGCGUAGAACAAACGGAGCUCGUGGCGAUAGAACUACAAGUGCUCUUCCCCUGAAGACCAUUGUCGCUUUGCCACUAGAGCCAAAGAUCACCGGUGACACUUUCUUGUAUGGAAAACCUGCCGCCAUGGGCAUUCAUCUUGGGUCCAGAGUAGCUGCAGUGUCCAAGCGUGUUCUCUUGGAGUCCAAAUACCCAUACAAGUUACCUCUGGCCAUUAUUCAGCAAUUGCCACCCCGUAGACCCGACACCAACCAAUUCAUUGCCACUAGUGACUACAGCUUGGACGUAGAUGUGCUGUUGCUCGCCAGCAAAGUGAAGGAAGUGGUCAAGGGAGAGACUGCUGUGUUGGAGACCGGAAAAAAGCUCAGCGCAGUUCAGACGGAAGCUUGUGAUGAGUUGAUGAGAAACAGCACAAUCACUGUUGCGCAGAAGCAAAUGAUCUAUGAUCUUUCCAAUGGUGUGAAAUCUGUGAAUGAUGUUUUAAAAACCGCUGCAUGGAAGCAGUAA